CAACUUCAAAUUACAAAACGUGAGUGAAACGUCAGCCGGUCAGCCAGCGUCAGCGUCACUGUUCAAUCCAUCAAUCAAUGUUCUGUUGAUAAAUAAACAUUCUCUGAUAUAAAGUGAACCAAAUUAUUAACAUAUAAAUAAAAAAAAAUUAUUAUACUUCUUCGAUCAUGGCCAUGCUAGAACCAACAGAAUUUCACAUUGGUCACGAGUACAGAGUUGUAAUAACACAUUUUACUAAUCCAAAAAAUAUAUAUGUUCGCUCUGCUACGUACAAAAAUAUUAGAGCCAUUGAAACUCCAAGAAUAGAUGCAGUUCAUACGCCUGUUAACAAUCAAAGAAUAAUUUAUAAGUCUAAAACACUUGGUAAACUGGUUAGAGGAAGAAUAUGUCGCAUAAGUGAAGAAGCAAAUCCCACAUGUGAUAUAUUUGCAAUUGAUUAUGGUUGCAUGGAUACUGGUGUGAAGAUUAAAAAUAUACAUCCUCUAAACUUGAAGAUCCCGCAUUCAAAUUGCCCUGGAUUGGCAGUUCACUGUCAGUUACAUGUAUGCGAACCUAAAGGAGAUGAUUUUGAACCAGAUAUCAAAGAAAAAAUGAAUCUAUUCUUUGGUGAUGGUCCAGCAAUGAUGCAUGUAGUUAAUAAAACUAAAGAUGCUCUAGUGGUUGAAAUAAUGCCUUUAGGUUCUGUUUAUGAUUUGUCUCACCUGUUGGUGUUAUAUGACUUAACAGUGUUCUCAAAACCAAGAAAAGUAAAUAAGACUUAUUCAUCAACAAAAAGUAAAAUGACACUCAUAUUAAAUUAUAAACCUAAAAAGUUACGUGUAGGAGAUAUCUUGUUGGGCAAAGUGGUUGGAGGAGACUCUUUAAACAACUUCUAUUUUUCUGAAAUUAGUGAUAGUGAUCAAUCAAAAGAGAAUAUUGAUGUGUCAGCAUAUUGUAAAGAUAAAUCUACGGACCAUCUCAAUAUGGUUAUAGGAGAACCAUGUGCUGUGGAAAUUGAUGGAAACUGUUUCGAACGCGCCGUUAUAAAGGCUGUUAACAAUAAGGAACAUACUGCAACCCUGUUCCUUGUAGACAAAGGUACAGACAUAGAAAGGAAGUUCUGCUGUCUUAAGCCUGUUUUUGAUAAAGAAUACUAUGAUGUACCAAUGCGAGCUAUUCAUUGUUCAUCUAUUGAGGAGGAAAUCAAUGGAGUACCUUUCAAAAACUUUUUAUCAAAUUCUAUAAAAUCACAAUUUAAAUUAACAGUUGUAAUCAGAGAAUUAGGCGAUUUUCCUCUUAAACCUAAUAAAAUUAAGAUUCUUUGGGUAGAGAAGUAGGUCUGGUACCUGACCUUCUCAUAAUAUGAAAUAUCACCAUCAAAAUUAUCUCAAUAUGAACUCAUGCUUUAAAUAAUUUAAAAAGAGGUUUUAAUCAUAUAAGUAAUACCGUACUGAUAGUGUGUAGUUUUUUUUAUGAUUGGUAUAUAAAUCACAGCAUAUUAGAUAAUUGUCUAACAGUUGUGACAGCGGUGACACAGUCGGUGGUCGGUCGAAGAGCGGUCACAGUUUAAUAUGACAAUUGAAGACAAAUCUAUUGUGUAUAUGAAACUUGUGUCAAUGAUAUGUAGAAUAAGUACUACCUACAAUGUAAAAUUUCCUGUUAAUGUGAGUCUUCUAUUAUAAAAGAAUAUUUGUGAGUAUUCAACUUCAUAUUUUUUUUAAUUUGCUAAUUAAUUAAUUAAUUAUGUACCUUCUCUAAUAAUUAUUAGAGAUCUGUUUGGACUCUGUCAGGUCUUGUUAACAAUGUUUAUAACAUAAUGUUACACUCUAUUAUUAUGCUUUGACUUCAGUAUUAUGUACCUAACAUUGUAUAAUAAAUUAUUUGUAUUAUUUAAUUAAAUCAAUGAUUUGCCAUUCAUUUUUAAA